GAUCUUCAUUGAAAUGUGGUUUGUUAAUGCAUUACUUUCUUUAUAGGCUAACAGCAUAUGUUGUAAAAGUCUUUGCCAUAGCUGCCAAAAUGGUAAAAGACAUUAGCCAUGAAAUCAUUUGUGGAGGUGUGAGGUGGCUGAUUCUGAACAGACAACAACCAGAUGGAGUGUUCAGAGAAAAUGCCCCUGUGAUCCAUGGAGAAAUGCUGGGAGGAAUUCAAGGUGCUGAACCAGAAGUAUCUUUAACAGCGUUCAUUCUGGUUGCAUUGUUGGAAUCCAAAACAAUCUGCAAUGACUAUGUCAAUAGUCUAGACAGCAGCAUCAAGAAGGCCACAAAUUAUUUACUCAAAAAGUAUGAGAAACUGCAAAGGCCUUACACUACGGCCCUCACAACCUAUGCUUUGGCUGCUGCAGGAUGACUCAAUGAUGACAGGGUACCCAUGGCAG